AUGCCCCGCCGGCAGACUGUCCAGCGUGGUCCGAAAGACCGAGAGACCCAGAAGGCGAAACCCCGACAGAAACGACGACAGAACGCUCGCUCACUCGAUGCGCUAGCUAUCGCUGAGAAACAGUUCCCUGAGCGGGUGAAGAUCCGUCGGUCGCGGCUGGGGGAAGCAGAAGAGGACCCGUCGAAGCGCAAACGCAGUGCCGGCCGCGACCGGGACGGCGACGACGACGACGACGAUGACGAUGAGAAUGAAGGCCGGAGGCCGGACAACAAGCGUCGUCGGAUGGGACUCGGAGACUCGAGCGAUAAUGGUGGCAGCGAUAGCGAAGGCCGCGAGUGGCGGAUUGGGGAGGUUGACAGCGACAACGACAGCGAGCUGGACAGCGACGAGGCGAUGGGCUCGAGCGACGAGGAACGGUUCGAAGGGUUUACAUUCCGGGGUAGCUCUACGAACAAGGCCAAGCCGAAGCCGAAGCCGUCGAAAAAGCGAAAUGUCAAUUUGGAAGAAGAUGAAGAGGACGACUACGAUGAAGACGACGACGAUCUUGGGUCGGACGCUAUUGAUCUGACUACCGCUUGGGAUAUGAAUAUGGCAGAGGAGGCCGAGCAAGCGGCAGCGGAGAAAAAGAAGAAGAACAAGCAGAGUUCUGCAAACGAGGAUCCUUUCAUGUCUGGCGGGUCUGAGUCCGAGUCCGACGGUGAUGACGAAAGCGACGAAAGCGAUGAGAGUGACGAUUCCGCUCUGUCAAUGUCAGAGGACGAGAUGGACGGAGCUGAUGAGCAGGGCUUGUCUCAGCUACAGAGCUUUGUCAGUGCGAUGGAACAGAAUUCCAAGAAGAAGUCUCCCCGAGACCCUCGCCGGGCACAGGAACAGAGAGCCCCGACCGAGUACGGCCUGACGUCUACGAAGAAGUUGACUAUUGCCGACCUUAUGCCUACGAUCACAGACUCUAACCUGAAGAGCUCGCUGAAACACGUCAAUGCUGUGGCCUCGGCGGCCAAGUCGGCGUCAGGGAUCCCUGGCAAGCUGGAGGCGCCACUCGCCAAACGCCAGCAGGACCGACUUGACCGGGCUGCGGCCUACGACCAGAGCAAGGAGACUCUCGGCCGGUGGAUCGACACGGUCAAGGCCAACCGCCGCGCCGAGCACCUGUCCUUCCCCCUGCCAGACCCGGACGCGCAGCAGAGCAAGAAGCUAGCCGUAAUCCAGCCCCAAAACGACCUCGAAAGCAGUAUCCAGAACAUUCUCGUCGAGAGUGGACUGAUCGAGGCCAAGGGCAAGUCGGCCGAGGAUCAGCUGCAGGAGUACGAAGAUCUGCAGGCGCGAAAAAUGCCGCUGGAGGAGAUCCAGGCCCGCCGGGCGGAACUGCGGAAACGCCGCGAUCUGCUCUUCCGCGAAGAAGUCCGCGCGAAGCGGAUCAAGAAAAUCAAGAGCAAGUCGUACCGUCGUGUUCAUCGCAAAGAGCGCGAGAAGAUGGCCCAGCAGGAGCGACAGGCGCUCCUUGAAGCCGGUGUUGACCUGGACGAGAUGGAACGGGAGGAGACCGAACGGCGCCGGGCGGAGGCUCGCAUGGGCUCCAAGCACAAGGAAAGCAAAUGGGCCAAGAGCCUGAAGCAGACCGGGCGGACGGCGUGGGAUGAGGAAGCUCGCAACAGCACGUUGGACCAGGCGCUGCGCGAGGAAGAACUGCGCAAGCGGAUCGAGGGCAAGCGGGUCUCGCGCAAGGACGACGAUUAUCUGGGAUCAUCCAGUUCCGAGUCCGAGUCCGAAGAGGACCCCUGGCAAGAGAACCAGUCUGACACCGAGAAGCGCAAGCUUCGGAAGAAACUGGAUGCGCUGCAGGGUGACCAUUCCGAUGACGCCGAACCCAAGGGCCCGCACGCCAAGCUUCUUUCGAUGAAGUUUAUGCAAAACGCCCAGGCCGCUCGCAAGGCAGAGAACGACGCCGAGGUUCGCAAACUCACCCGCGAGUUGCAUGGCGAAGAGUCGCAGUCCGAGGCUGAAUCGGAAGUUGGCCGCCGCAAAUUUGGCCACAAAGCCGAAAAGAAAGAGACCGCCCCCAGACCGUCUGAAAUACGGAACGAGUUUGAGGAAGCUCCGGACUCGGAUGAGGAUAGGGGGCAAGAUAUCGAUAUUGCAGUCGAUCAUCACUCUGGCAGUCAACAGAAAUCGAAGCCAUCGGCCAAGAAAACGUCUUCUGCCCCCUCGGGAAACACCCCCCGCGGCAUCAUUUCAAGCAAGCAAGAAGCAAAGGAGGCAGAGGCCGAAGAGGAGAACCCAUGGCUUGUGCAAACAAACCGGACGAAUCGCCGGCUAACCGUCGGUGCUUCGAACGAGACGGUCGACAUCUCCGUGGACGAGACAACCAAACAAGGGUCCAAGAAGAGUGUCAGCAGCAAGAAGACGGCUAGUGCGCCUGCUCCCUCCAGCGUACCGGUUCAAGGUCACCGCAACGACGACGACGACGACGAUGAGGAUGAGCCGCCGGUACCCGUCCUCCUAAAGAAUCAUGACCUAGUCAAGCGCGCGUUUGCGGGCGACGAGGUGGUGCAGGAUUUCGAACAGGACAAGCUCGACACCAUCAAGGAUGAAGGCGACCAAGUGAUCGAGAACACGCUCCCCGGAUGGGGCAGCUGGACGGGCGAAGGUAUCAGCAAGAAGGCACAGAAGCGCCAGAAGCGUGUUGUGACGGUGGUCGAGGGUGUCAAGCCGGAGAACCGCAAAGACGCGAAGCUGUCGCGGGUGAUCAUCAACGAGAAGCGAGUCAGAAAGAAUGUCAAAUACAUGGCCACGCAGCUGCCGCACCCCUUCGAGAACCGACAACAGUACGAACGCUCGUUGCGCCUGCCCAUCGGACCGGAAUGGUCAACCAAGGAGACCCUGCAGGAUGCCACCAAACCUCGUGUGAUGAUCAAGCAGGGCAUCAUCAAGCCGAUGGAGAGACCGCAGAUCUAG